CUUGCUUUCUUUUUCUUUCUCCCCAUUCCUCCCUCUCUCUCCCUGAACUCCCUUCUAUCCCUCUCUCUACUCCUCAGUCAGUCGGAUUCGAAAGAGAAUCUCCAUUCUUUACCCCCCGUUUCUUCUGAUAGGAGUUGGUGGUUCCCGUCCGCAUCGAAAACAUCACAAAGCAGGGUCCAAUCCAAUUCGGAAUUAUCUCCACACUUCUUUUUUGGCUUGUCCGCUGUCAUUCCAAGCUCUUUUGACCGUCGAUCAUUGCUAGAAUCAUACCUGCGUACAGCGUCUCCCUGCCUUCUUCUUCAUCUCGACAUCCUCACAACCUCCCAACUACACCGCCAGAUCUAUACAUCCCAUACUCCAAAAUCAUGGAGACCUGGUCUCCUACGUCGUGGACGUCCAAGCCGGCCAAACAAUGCGUCGCGUACGAGGACACAGAGGCGACGGAGGCAGCUCUCGAGAAGCUACGGAAACUUCCGCCGUUGGUCACCACACAAGAGGUUGCGAACCUCAAGAAGAGCUUGCGCAAUGUCGCCCUGGGGAAGGCGUUUGUGCUUCAGGGAGGUGACUGCGCCGAGCUGUUUGAUUACUGUAACCAGGAGAUGAUCGAAGCCAAAGUCAAGCUGCUUCUGCAGAUGAGUCUGGUAUUGAUUUGGGGAGCGAAUAAGCCUGUGGUGCGCAUUGCUCGGAUUGCAGGGCAGUUUGCAAAGCCUCGCUCCAGCCCCAUGGAAACGAUCAACGGGGUCGAGAUGCCCUCCUUCCGAGGCGACAACAUCAAUGGCUUCGAAGCGACGCCCGAAUCGCGCAAACCGGACCCCUCGCGCUUGGUGUCGGCGUACUUCCACUCCGCCGCGACGCUGAACUACUUGCGCGCCUCCCUCUCCUCCGGUCUUGCGGACCUGCACUCCCCGCUUGACUGGGGUUUGGGCCAUGUCAUCACCCCCGCCAUCAAGGAGAAAUACGAACGCAUCGUGUCGCGGGUGAAGGACGCCCUCCGCUUCAUGCAAACCGUCGGCAUCGACACCGAUCGCGGCGUCGAGACCGUCGACGUCUACACCAGCCACGAGGGCUUGCUCCUCGAUUACGAAACCAGUCUCACCCGUCUCCUCCGCAACCCCCUACCCCCCAAUUCCGCCCCUGCUUUCUCCAUGUUCUCCCCCCCUUCGUUUUCCCAGCCACCACCAUCCGCUGUGGACCCGACGACAAGCACGACGACAGCACCGGCAACGGCAACGGCAACAAGCAUAACCCCCCAAACCCCACUCCUCCCCUCGAAAUCCUUCUACGCGACGUCCGCGCACUUCCUCUGGAUCGGCGACCGCACGCGCCAACUCGACGGCGCGCACGUCGAAUUCUUCCGCGGCCUCGCCAACCCGAUCGGCAUCAAGAUCGGGCCCAGCAUGACCCCGGAGGAAUUGACGCAGCUGCUGGACGUCGUCAACCCUACGCGCGAGGUCGGCAAGGUGACCCUGAUCUCGCGCUACGGCGCCGCCAAGAUCGCCUCUCACCUGCCGGGUCACAUCGAGGCCGUCCAGCGCGCCGGCCAUCUCCCCGUGUGGCAGUGCGACCCCAUGCACGGCAACACCCAGAGCACCCCCACCGGCGUUAAGACCCGCCACUUCAGCGACAUCCUGUCCGAGCUGCGCCAGGCCCUCGAGAUCCACCGCGCCCACGGCUCCUUCCUCGGCGGCAUGCACCUCGAGCUUACCGGCGAGGCCGUCACCGAGUGUGUCGGCGGCGCCGGCGGCUUGACCGAGGAAGGCCUCGGCGAGCGCUACACCACCUUCUGUGACCCGCGGCUGAAUGAGAAGCAGGCCCUCGAGCUGGCCUUCCUGGUCGCCGGGUUCUACCGCGAGAUGGACGAGUCGGAGCGCGGGAGGAUGAACUCCAUUUGAUCUGUUGCCUGGAGCUUGCCGCCCAGAAAUGAGAGAGGGUGAGUAGAAUAUCUUCAAAUAUGGUUUAUUUUGGUCUUGGACAAUGUUCCAUCCUGGGAGGGAUUUAAUAUUGAGAACGGGUUUCUCGGGUCGACAAAUCCAAUUUUGACCGAAGAUUUUGAUUUAUACGAUCAGCGACAAAGUGAUUAGGGCGGUAUACGAAAGGAACCAUUCAGUCUUCAAGAUAAAAAGAGAGAAGUAAGAAUGUUAAUUUUAUUUUAUUCAAGAAUAUGAAAUAUC